AUGAAAAUCGUACUACUUUAUGCUUUCUUCUUCAAAAGCAUGCUCACAGAAAAUUCACAAAAUUCACAAAAUCCACAGCCAUUUCCUUUUGGCGAAGAUGAGGAUGACCGAAUCUUCGCUCAUAAACUAAAAUCUGUUGCUCAAACUCGAUCUCGAGUUGAUCGGCCAUUUCCAGAGCAACUUUCAUCGAAACGAUCAUCCCAGGACAGAGUUACUCCCACAGAAGAUCUCUGGGCAAACCCAAAGUUUGACUCGGAAAACCAUUGGGGCUUUGAUACGUCAAGGUUGAGCGCUGAAGAACGUCAAUUCAUCGAAGCUUAUAAAAAUCGACAAAUCUCCUCGGAAACUGCGUUGUUAAUCAAGACAACGACCCUUGCUCCACUCCAACCGGAUCCGUACAGGCGAGGCUUAUUAAAAGAAGUUGGUGACGUGAAUGUCGGUUUCGGAGUAGGGGUUGGCCCGUAUGCAUCAGUUAAUACAGGAGUCGGAGUUCAGCUUGGAGGCUCUGGUCCGGCGGGUGCUUUGAACGAAGCACUUGGCUAUGACAUUUUUCCGCGACAAGGUGAGCAAUGGGUUCUUGACGAUUAUACCGGUAACAAAGAUAACAUUGUACCGGAUAGAUGGCGUCAAUAUUGGAUAGCUGUUAGCGAAGGCAGAAUACAGCCUCCACCCCGCUAUGCACCACCAAAAGAAGUGGCUGGUGUAAAGGGAAACGUUGGUAUCGGUCUUCCCAAUUAUCAUUACGCAUUUCAC